UAGGGCAUCUCCAGUUGGAGUUUCAGGAGGUCACAGUGAGGCAGCUGAGGUGAGAGUAUUACAAGGUUGUAUGAGAAAGACUUGGGCAUUCAGGAUAAACUGGGGGGAAUAUACUGGAAUUUACCUGAAAGCUGAAUCCAAGCAGUUCAGAGAGACACAGCUAUCGAUGCUAUUCAUUUCUCCAAAUACAACUGAUUUCUUGCCUUAUCCCUUGAUUGGUUUUUAGGCAGCAUCUGGAGGUUUUACAUCAUUAGUCCAGAAAGUGAGUGACCCGUAGUAUAAUUUCUCACUUCUUAAAGAGGUACUUAGGAGACUAAUUUUAAGAGUGUAUUUAAUUACAGCAUUGAUAGCAUUGUACUUAAUCAUUGCGUAGCAUUUACUGUAGCAUCAUCAUCACUCCUUAUUCCAGUUCUGAGAUAGAUUCUUUUCAAAUCUAAUACUAAUAGUUUAAUCUUCGUGGUUCAUUUUGGUUUUGACUAGCUGAAAUGUUGUCUAGGAUUCAGCUUUAACUGUGUUGAUUCAGGUAAAGAAGUGGUAAACACGGUUAGAAUUUUACAUGUUCUUUACAGUUGUGCAUUCGGGAUUUGCCAUGAAACCUCUGUGGGGCUCACCAGUCAGUGUGCUGAGGGAAUUGGGUUUCUGUCUGUCCCUGAAAAGUCAGCACUUCUGUCCUGUCUGUUACUGUGUCUGUGCAAUCAGCUGUACAAAAUACAGGCCAUGGAGAGAUUUGGCUGUUGAGUAACACUCUAGCUCCAUGUUCUCUCUUAAAACAGGACGUUUGUGUCUUGCUUAAGAUGCCUCUGCAGGCACCAUUGCGUACCUUAUUCUGUGUGCUUGGGAAUUUCUUAUGCUGGGGCUCCAAUCCCAGGCUGAAUGCCAAAAAUAGAGAUUCUGCUGCAGGCAGCAGUGUCAAGAGGCUAUUAGAAUUAUCCUUGUGUAGCCUGCCCUUCUCUUUCUCAGCCUCCCCCUCAUUUUUCUUGGAAUUACUUAAAAGGUGGAGCAGCUUUUGAAGGUGAAUGUACCUGAAGGUGCUGCCACCAUUAGCUAAUGUAAUUUGGAGAUGGGGAGGUUGGUUUACAGGGAGUGCAGUUCAGCUUCUUUUGCAUCCUAGUAUUUAUGUCUUUUUUGUUUUGGUGUUCUUGUGCAAGUUCAGUUAGUAACUGCCGCAGGCAAAGGCAGCAGAGAAGAGGAUAUCUUCUAGAGGUGAUCUGUAGAUCCUGAAUGGUGACCAGGCUCUGGCAUGGGCGGGCAGGACUGCCAACCAGAGAGGGGAGGGUGUGCACAGGGAAAGCAGAAGAGAGGUCUGAGCAGGGACGACAGCAGCCAACAGACCCCUUAAUCAUAGAAUCAGCAGGUUGGAAAAGACCUUUGAGAUCAUCAAGUCCAACCAUACCUGUCCACUACUAAACCAUAUCCCUGAGCACUUCAUCUACCAGUCUUUUAAACACCUCCAGGGGUGGGGACUCAAUCACAUCCUUGGGCACCCUCUGCCAGUGCCCAAGAACCCUUUUGGUGAAGAAAUUUUUCCUUCCUUCCCUCUUAUCCUAUCACUUACUUCUUGGGAGAAGAGACCAACAUCCACCCCUCUACAACCUCCUUUCAGGAAGUUGUAGACAGUGAUGAGAAAAUUUGAGAUAAAAGCUGUGGUUUUGUGUAGUUUGUGGGGUGAUUUGAGGCAAAAAGUCAUGAUUUUAGGGUGUUAGGGGAUUUGGGGUAAAAAAAAAAUCAUAUUUUUGGUGUGUUUGAGGGGAAAUUUGGGAAGAUUUGAAGUAAAAGUGUUUUUUUUGUGGAGCUUGUGAGGGGAUUUGAGGUAAAAAGUUCAGGUUUCAGGGAGUUAGGGGAUUUGGGGUGAAAUUCACAUUUUUGAGGAGUUUUAAGAGGGUGUUUGGAGAUGUAGGUGAGAUCUCGGGAAGAAAUGUUUGCCUGUGAUGGUGGGGAGGCGCUGGCCCUGGUUGCCCGGGGAAGCCGUGGCUGCCCCAUCCCUGGAGGUAUUCAAGGCCAGGUUGGGUGGGGCUUUGAGCACCCUGAUCCAGUGGGAGGUGUCCCUGCCCAUGGCAGGGGGUGGAACUGGGUGGGCCCUGAGGUCCCUUCCAACCCAACCAUCCCAUGACUCUGUGUCGGUCUCUGGGCGUUCUCGCCUGGCCGCGCUUGCUUUCCGGCGUGUCGCAAGGCACGCGGAGUGCCCCGGCCGGCGCUCGCUUUACGGCCUGCCGCGCUGGUCAUGGCGGCGCCGCAGGUGCCGGGCUGGGUGCGGCGCUGGGUGUCCGGGCAGUGGCGGCAGAAGAAGCGGCCGCCCGUCAUCCGGCCUACGCGGCCGCUGGCGCUGGCCAACAGCGUGGCGAACCGCCGCGAGUCGCCGGGGGAGGCAACGUGCAUUACAGAGAUGUCCGUCAUGAUGGCCUGCUGGAAACAGAAUGACUUCAAUGAUGCAGCAUGUGCUGAGGAGAUCCGGAUGUUCUAUGACUGCGUGGCAAAGGCAGAAAAGGAGCGCAAGGUUCAAAAUGCAGAGGGCACCUUGUCACCCAGGGGAGACUUAACAUCAAGCCAGGUGAACAAGCUCCUGAGGAGGUUUCCUCAGAUCACACGUUAUAUCUAAUGUCCUUCACCAAAAGGCCUGUGGACAAGCGAUUGAAGUUGGAGUCUUGGGCAAAACAGUGAAAAGUAGACUUGAGUGAGCGUCUAAUGUCGCGUGGUUUCUGUGGCUCUGCUUCGUGUAUCUUGACUGCACCUUUGUUUCCAAAGUGACAAACACCCAUCCUGACCAUCCACUGACUUUGUUCAUGAGGUUCUUGGGUCUUGUGGUCUCAAGAUUUCCAUGGUCUGUUGUUCUGCAAGCCACAGUGUGGCAUCAGGGCCUCGCUGUGAAAUAAAAUCUUCCUGGAAUGCAUGUACACACAUUUUCUAACAGUUAGGGUGUGACUUUUCCUCAUGUAAAAGCUUCCUGCUUAACUUCUGAGCUGCUGUCAAAAAGUGCUCAGGCCCAGACAUGGAGCCAACUUAAAUGUGAUGGUAAUCUCAUGACUCAUAUUCUAACAUGUACACAUACACAAACUGGUUCCUCUUGAAAUGUUUUUAAUUCCUUUUGUUGUACGAGACGAUUGCAGAAUCAGGAAGAAAUCUCCAGCAAAAUACAUUGUUGAUACACAGCACAUUGGUAAGAAUCUCAUAUAACUAAUGCAGAAGCUUGUGAUUUCUGCCCUCUGAUUCAUGGGUGGGACACAUAUGGUGCCGUGUCAGAUCGAGUAUGUUGUUUUUGUGACAAUAAAAUCAUGCAAAGA